AUGGACUAUCCCAACAGUCUUACAACUCUGCGAAAGAGGUGCGCAUUUCCCGGUUCCAUAUUUAAGAUAGUUUCGAUUCUUGCCAUCAUGUCGGCCCCUCAAGUCUUGCUGCUCGUUUUAACCUCGCUUUCAUGGGCAUUUGUUGGGUCCAUGCACAUUUCACGACGACGAGACAACUCUUCUGUCUCGCCAUUCGACAGUUAUUCGCCGGCUUUUGACAAAAUCCUCGGGUCAAAUCCUCAACUUUUGGUUGUUUUCAAUGAAAGCAAACGACUGUUCUAUGAAGGCGGCAUAUACCACCCUCCGACCGACUCUUAUUUCGUAAACAGUGAUCGCCUCAAUGUAUCUGGCAGCAGUGAUGCUGAACAGGUUCUUGUUCGCGUUGCCAAUGUGCACACAAAACCAUCGUGGGAGAUCCUCAAUUUGACAUCUAUUUCCAAUCCGAUCUCUGGCGUGCGGUACAAAGAACAAGAGAAAGGCUCGACUGAUUCGGAUCGGCUUGCAAUGGUGGCAUGGGGCAAUACAAAGAAUAAUCCGCCAGGAGGAUUGUUUUCGAUCAGUCCUUAUCCGCCAUACAAAGUGACACCACUCACCACUUCUCUCGGGGUGUAUCACUACAACGCUCCUGACGAUGUGACCGUGCUCCCCGACGGCACAAUGUACUUCACAGAUCCAACAUACGGAUCCGACGAAGGUCUGCGUCCGGAUCCUCUUCUGCCGAACCAGAUCUAUCGGUACGACCCGGUAUCCAACACAACACGCGUCGCUGCGGAUGGUUUUGGUAGACCCAACGGUAUCACUCACUCACCGGAUGGAACGGUCCUUUAUGUCGGAGAUACAGGUGCUCGUGUCAGUAGUGGCGAGACAGAUUACCAGGGCCCCAGGACGACUUAUGGACUCAACGUCAAGAACGUGCCCUCUGGGGCCGGUGGAUCUGCCGGUCCAUUCGUCACGGAUCGGAGAGUCUUUGCGAUGCCCUAUGACCUUGGCGCGAACGAUGGUAUCAAGACUGAUAUGGCGGGCAAUCUGUGGGGAUUGAGCCUCACGGGAGUGUAUGUUUGGAACCCAAGCGGCGACUUGAUCGGACACAUCGCCGUCCCCACGGAUGAUGGCGGAAACAUGGGCUUUGGUAGACCCGGCGAGCUUUUCAUUCAUGGUGGAAAUGUGCUGUAUAGGAUGCUGAUGGAUGAGAGUGUGGUUGGGACAGGAGUUUGGUUUGAUUCCGACCCUGGUGCACCCUCGGGGAUUUCAAAGCGAUGGACGAGUCACUACUAG